GGCGGAGCGGCGCUGGCGGGGCCUGGCCGGGCCGGGUCGGCGCGUCUCCUCCCGAUCGGCCCGCAGCGGGGGCAGGCGGCGAGCCGGCCGCGGCGGCCGCAGGUGGAUGCCCGCCGCCCGGCAUGGAGCAGGCCUGCGAAGUGAGCCGCCGCAGCUGCCUCGUCCCCUUUGGCACCUCGCUGGCGGCCGCCGAGGCCAAGGGCGGCCCGUUCGGCGAGGGCCGCGGCCCCGAGCCGCCCGCCAUGCAGCUGGCGGCCGCCAAGCCCGUGUACGGCCAGGACCCGUCGUCCUGCUACAUCCCGCUGCGCCGGCUGCAGGACCUGGCCUCCAUGAUCAACGCCGAGUACCUCGGCGGCGCCGCCGACGGCGCUGAGGCCCUGCCCGACCCGGGCUCGCCGCCCCCCCGCGGCCCGGGGGACCCGGCGGGCGGCGCCGACGGACCCGGCCCGGCGGCCGACGGGGCCCCCCCGGCCUUCCCGCUGCUCCUCCGGGAAGGGGAGGACGAGGAGGAGGAGGACGACGACGACGACGAGGAGGAAGGCGCCGAGACGCCGGAGGACGAGGAGCACGACGCGGAGGAGGAGGACGACGACGACGACGAAGAGGAGGACGAAGACGACGAGGCCGCCGCCGGUUCCCGGGAGCGGGCCGCGGCGGAGCAGAGCCACGGCCGUGCCGGGCCGCAGCGGGGCCCCGGCAGCCCGGAGCCGCCGCCCCGCCUGCAGCGAGCCGAGCUGCCGCUGCUGGACGGCGGCCCCGCCGCGCCGGCCGGCGGGGGGGACAAACCGGAGCCUUCCGCCACGGCGGCCCUGCAGCUCAUCCGAGCCAAGAAGAAACCUACUCCAGUGAAGUAUGAAGUUGGGGAUCUUGUUUGGGCCAAGUUCAACAGACGCCCAUGGUGGCCAUGCACAAUUUGUCAUGACCCAGUGCUGGACUGUCACUCAAAAAUGAAAGUUUCCAAUCGGAGACCGUACCGAGAGUACUAUGUGGAUGCCUUAGGAGAACCUUCCGAGAAAGCCUGGGUGGCUGGCAAAGCUAUCGUCCUCUUUGAAGGAAGACACCAGUUCGAAGAGCUGCCUAUUCUGCGGAGAAGAGGAAAGCAAAAAGAAAAAGGCUACAAACAUAAGGUUCCCCAGAGAUUUAUGGCUAAAUGGGAAGUCAGUGUUGGACAGGCAGAAGACAUUCUUCUUGGGGGGCCAGAGGAUCAAAAGUGCAGCCAGAACUCCAGUGAGCUGGACAGCGAGAAGGAAGUGCAGUCGGAAUACUAUGCCAAUGGCCCUGGAGCCGAAAAGGACAGGCAGCUGAAUGGCUGUUUUAAAUCCUUGGCGUUUGACUCGAGACACUCAGCCAGUGAAAAAGGAAAAUUGCACAUUAAGCCACACGUGAAAAAGAGCUCUGACAGCAGGAAGAGGACGAGAGUAAAAAAGAGUAGCAUGAGAGGAGAAGCUUCCAAGGGAGAAAUCAAAGAGAAAAUGCCAGAGAGCAUAGUUAAAAAUAUGAUGGUUGGGGACCUACCAGAAAAACAUGCAUCUCAUGAGCUUCGCCGGAUUGCGAACAGCCUAACGGCAUCCAAUAGCACCAGGGAAAACCAUUUGCUCUCCUCCUUUGGAGAAAGACAUUUUGAAAAGAUAACUUUGAAACCAGACUAUGAGAAUUGUAAAGGCGGUGCUCUGAAGAACACACUCCAAGGGGAUUUGUUUUCCAGCGCAUCUUUGGAGAGAGAGAAAAGUUCCCUGGGCAUUCUGUGCAGUUCCAAGUUACAAAUACACUAUUCUGCGUCUGAGGCUGGCAUUGAGAAAAAGCAAACUGAGUCAGAUUCAUCCUCUUCCCUCUCGGAUGGUGGGAACAGCGAUGUGGAUACCAUGGACCAAAGUUCAGAGAGAGCCUCUAGCACUCUUGAAGUCAGUGAUUCUUCAGAUAAAAUGGAGAAGGAAUUUCCUAUGACGUCAAGUGGAAACAUUAAGCUUUCUAUGUAUUUUUCUCAGAAGAGCAACAGAAGGGCCAGGAAGAAGUCAUACAGAGAUCGCAAACCUCUGGGAGGUUCCGUAACCAGCAGGCUUGAUGCUGAAUUUGCACAUGGGGAGCUUGAAGGAGGCUCCUCUGAUGCUGAGAUGUCAUUGACAACUCUUGAGUGCUCUUCAGAUGUGAGAAAUGACAAUCUUUCCCUAGUAAACAAACACACUACUCCCCAAAGUGUUUCCAAGGACAACUCCUGGUCUGCUGUUGCAAAUCAACCAACCUUAAAACCGAAAAGCAUGAAAUUACCCCGGAUCAGGAGUAUAAAAUGCAAACAUAAAGAAAAAGGUUCUGGGUUGGAGCCUUCUCUUGCAGAAGAGGAGGGUGGCAUGAAGCGCUGCUCUUCUGAUACCAAAGGUUUCCCUGGCCUUCAGAAAGAUUCUCUUCUGAGAAGUGGAAAAGUUGAUGGUCAGAAACUGUUAAACAACGUGCACGAGAAACCCAGGGAUUCUGCUGAAAUAGAAACGGCUGUGGUGAAACAUGUCUUGUCGGAGCUGAAGGAGCUCUCUUACCGGUCCAUGAAUGAUGAUGCUAGUGACUCUGGCACUCCAAAGGCCACAGUACCCUUGCUUUUCUCUUCCGCCUCUGGUCACGGUCGUUUGCCUAUUGAGCCAAAUUACAGAUUCAGCACCUUGUUAAUGAUGUUGAAGGAUAUUCACGACAGUAAGGCAAAAGAGCAGCAACUGAUGACUGGUCAGAACAUAGUCCCGUUUCGAAAUGCCAGCACAGCCGAUGGUUCUGGAAGCAAUUCUGCGAGUGGUCUGACAUCCUUGUCUAUUGUAGGUCCCCCGUAUAAAAUAGAAAAAAAUGGAGAUUGUGUCCAGGAAACGGUCAAUGCGAACUCCAGUAUAAGCAACUCCUCAUUUUCACGCAAUCCUCCAGCCAAGUUAACAGGGAUUGGUACUAGUAAGAGGGAGCCUGCGAAUACUGCUGUUUCUGGGACAAAUGGCACAAAUUGCGUGUCCAAGCGCAACUGUUCAAAAUCUAAGCAGUCAUCAAAGCUUGGAGAUAAGACAGUUUCAAACAGAAAGGACUUAAAACCAGGAGGGCCAAGUAAGUUGUUAAGUCGGUUAUCCAGAGAUUCAGGAGAACAUGCAUUCCGCGUUCACGGUUCGGUUACCAGUCCUCUAGGUAAUGAAGCAGAAGAUACUGAGAGGAAAGAGUCUGUUGAUUUAACAGAACAUUCAACUGAUGAAGACUCUGCUUGUUUAUCUGAUGACAAUUUAGGUCGUAUUGGAAGGAGACCUGAAGCUGGUAGAAAUACUGAGAGCUGCACUUCUGCUGAAAAUGGGGAGAGUCCAGACUUGGAUUCAGAGGCAAAUAGUGAGAGCUCUCUUGGUGAUGAGGCUAAUGAUAUAAAUCAUGUAGCACCCAAAAAGCGAUGGCAGCGUUUUAACCAAAGCAGUGCUAGAUCUAAUAAGCACAUCAGUAGAUCUAGGGAACAAGGAAACUUGGCGAGUGCCUUUGGCCUGAAUUCUCAUGGCUUUUCACUGAAGGGAAAUGAGUGCUUGGGACGUAGGCAUUCCCCUCAUUCAAAGGUGCUUGAGGGAGACCUAACAGGUCAGGACUAUGAGAAUCGUUUAGACUUAGUUGAGAAACGUUUGAAUGUAUGUGGUAAGCCAAACAACAGUGUGAUGGACUCAGAAACAGAGCUUGGCAACUUUGCUCCCCAGUCUGAAUUCUCUGCACAAGUACAUUCAGAGAGGAAACGCCUUAGAAAGCCAAGUAAACGGCUUCUGGAAUAUGCAGAAGAAUAUGAUCACUUAUUUGCACCCAAGAAAAAGUCAAAGAAAGUCCAGGAGCAAUUGCAAAAGGUGAAUUCUGUGGCGAGGUCUGAAUUUGAAGGAGGUCUUCCUGCACAGUGCAGUCCUGACAGAGAUGCCCAGCGGGGGCCGAGCCCUUUGAUUUCAACUCCAUCUUCAACCAAAGAGUCCCCUCCCAUUCUUGAAGCAGAGUGCUCCUACUCAGAACUAGGAUCCCAUUCCACUGAUCCCACUCACCAACUUCUAGAAGGACCUUCUGAUUUUCCAGAGCUCGUGCUCUCUUCCUCAGAUGUUUCUGAAGUUUCUGCUUCUCCAGAUGCAGAGGAGAGAUUCCUGAAAUCGGGAAACUUUGAGAGCAAACGUCAAAGGAAGCCCACUAAAAAGCUCUUGGAAUCCAAUGAUUUGGACACUGCCUUUAUGCCAAAGAAGGAGGAGUGGACUCCCCCAAAGAAGGGCACUGGCCCUUCGGAGAGCGACAGCUCUGAACUGUACUCACCAGCUCACUUCUCGGACCUGGGAGAAGCUCCUGAAAAGCUCUUGGAGAAGCAACGGAAGCGGAAGAGACAGCGCCAUCCCUCUGUUGCAAUGCAUUCCAAGAAGGAGAAAAACGGGGAAGGGCUGGGGGAGACCCCACAUUCUGAGGGGGAGACAUCAGGUCAUGGGACUGCUACAAGCCCUAAAGAGGGAAAUGAAGAGGGGUCUGAGAAUGACCAUGGAGUGCCUUCAUCCAAAAAGAUACAGGGGGAGCGUGGAGGAGGAGCAGCUCUCAAGGAGAAUGUAUGCCAGAUCUGCGAGAAACCAGGGGAAUUGCUGCUGUGUGAGGCGCAGUGCUGUGGUGCUUUCCACCUGCAGUGCCUUGGGCUCUCUGAGAUGCCAACAGGCAAAUUCAUCUGCAACGAGUGUUCCACAGGAGUCCAUACCUGCUUUGUGUGCAAGAGCUGUGGGCAAGAUGUGAAACGGUGCUUGCUGCCCCUCUGUGGGAAGUAUUACCAUGAAGAAUGCAUCCAGAAAUACCCGCCCACGGUCAUGCAGAACAAGGGUUUCCGAUGCUCUCUGCACAUAUGCAUGACUUGUCACGCUGCUAACCCAGCGAACAUCUCUGCGUCUAAAGGCCGCCUGAUGCGCUGCGUGCGGUGCCCGGUAGCGUACCACUCCAAUGACUUCUGCCUCGCUGCUGGCUCCGUGGUGCUCGCCUCCAACAGCAUCAUCUGCCCCAACCACUUCACUGCACGGAGGGGCUGCCGCAACCACGAGCACGUCAACGUCAGCUGGUGCUUUGUCUGCUCGGAAGGGGGCAGCCUUUUAUGCUGCGAGUCGUGCCCGGCUGCAUUUCACCGUGAGUGUCUAAACAUUGAGAUGCCAGAGGGAAGCUGGUAUUGUAACGAUUGCAAGGCAGGCAAAAAGCCACACUACAAGGAAGUAGUCUGGGUGAAAGUUGGGCGCUACAGGUGGUGGCCAGCUGAGAUCUGCCAUCCCAGGACAAUUCCUGUCAACAUCCAGAAAAUGAAACAUGACAUCGGCGAGUUCCCUGUGCUGUUCUUCGGCUCCAAGGAUUACCUGUGGACCCACCAGGCUCGUGUGUUCCCGUACAUGGAAGGUGACGUCAGCAGCAAAGACAAGAUGGGGAAGGGCGUGGAUGGCAUAUACAAGAAAGCUCUUCACGAAGCUGCGGUAAGAUUUGAAGAACUGAAGGCACAGAAAGAACUGAGACAGCUUCAGGAAGACAAAAAGAAUGACAAGAAACCUCCUCCCUACAAACACAUCAAGGUGAACCGGCCAGUGGGUAAGGUGCAGAUCUUCACUGCAGACCUGUCCGAGAUACCACGGUGCAACUGCAAACCAACAGACGAAAACCCCUGCGGCCUGGACUCCGAAUGCAUCAAUCGCAUGUUGCUCUACGAGUGCCACCCCCUGGUCUGCCCCGCAGGGGAGCGUUGUCAGAACCAGUGCUUCUCCAAGCGGCAGUAUCCCGAGGUACAAAUUUUCCGCACGCUGGCACGAGGCUGGGGCUUGCAAGCCAAAACAGACAUCAGAAAGGGUGAAUUUGUUAACGAGUAUGUUGGGGAGCUAAUUGAUGAAGAGGAGUGCCGAGCCCGAAUCCGCUAUGCUCAGGAGCACGACAUCACCAAUUUCUACAUGUUGACACUGGAUAAGGAUCGAAUCAUUGACGCUGGCCCAAAGGGCAAUUACGCUCGGUUCAUGAACCACUGCUGCCAGCCAAACUGUGAGACUCAGAAAUGGUGUGUGAAUGGUGAUACUCGGGUUGGGCUCUUCGCAAUUGUAAAUAUCAAAGCUGGGACUGAGCUGACUUUCAACUACAAUCUGGAAUGUUUGGGAAAUGGAAAGACAGUUUGCAAAUGUGGUGCUCCAAAUUGCAGUGGCUUCCUAGGAGUGCGGCCAAAGAGCCAGCCCACCCUCACCGAGGAGAAGUCCAAGAAGAUGAAGAGACGGCCACAGAUGAAGCGCAGGUCGCAGGCAGAGGUGAUGAAGGAACGGGAGGACGAGUGCUUCAGCUGCGGGGACGGAGGGCAGCUGGUUUCUUGUAAGAAGCCAGGCUGCCCCAAAGUGUACCACGCCGACUGCCUCAACCUGACCAAGAGGCCUGCAGGAAAAUGGGAGUGCCCAUGGCAUCAGUGUGACAUGUGUGGUAAGGAAGCAGCUUCCUUCUGUGAGAUGUGCCCCAGAUCCUUCUGCAAGCAGCACCGGGAAGGCAUGCUCUUCAUCUCCAAGCUGGAUGGACGCUUAUGCUGCACAGAGCAUGAUCCCUGCGGCCCUAACCCUCUAGAGCCAGGAGAAAUUCGUGAGUACGUGCCUCCCAUGGGAGCACUGACUAACGGCGAUGACACCCAGCCACCAGAGCAGCCGCCUGCAGAUACAGACCUGAGCGUUCAGCCUUUGGACAGGCUACCUCAGUCUACGGCCUUCAAACUGCAGUCCCCAGAAAAGCCCCCCGCCACCCUAGCGCUGCGGCUGCCGCCGUCAGACAAACCCCCCACCACCCUAGCCCUGAGGCUGCAGCCGUCAAACAAGCCCCCCACCACCCUGGCCCUGCGGCUGCCCCCGCCAGACAAACCUCCCGCUGCCCUGGCGCUGAGACUGCCGCCGUCAAACAAACCCCCCACGACCUUGUCGCUGAGGCUGAAGCCGUCCAACAAACCCCCCACCACCCUGUCCCUCCGGCUGCAGCCCUCGGACAAACCUCCCACCACCCUGUCGCUCCGCCUGCAGCCGUCGGACAGGCCCCAGGCGGCCCUGUCCCUGAGGCUGCAGUCGGAGAAGCAGCCCAUCAUCGUAGCGCUGAAGCCUCAGCAGCCCGACAAGCCUCCCGCCAACGCCGUGCUGUGGCCGCUGGACGAGGCUUCCAGCGACGCCUCGCAGCCUCCUCUGCCCAGCAAGUCUCCGGAGAGCCCGCAGUCGUCGGACGAGGCGCUCGUUCCUGCUGGUGCCCUGCAGCUCCAGCUGUCGGACGAGCCUCCUGCCGCUGCUGAGGUUUUGGAGGUAGAGGACAAGUCGCUCGGCGACACCAGGACCCAGCAGCCGGAGCUGCUGGAUGAGUUUCCGACAAAAUGCCUGCACCCUCAGCUGUCGGACAGACUUCUCGCCACGGCAGGGACCCUGCAGUCCCAGCCGGUGGAUGAGCCUCCCGUGGCUGAUCAGCCUCAGCUGCUGAGCAAAGCUGCUGCCCAGAGUCUGCAGCCUCAGCCUGCGGAGAAGGCCCCCAGCUCCGUGGUGCAACGUGGCCUGGCACCGGAGGAGGUUCCCAGCCCUGGCGUGCUGUGGCCUCUGCCCAUGGAAAACGUCCCCAGCUCCCCGGUCUCACGGAUCCUGCCCACGGAGAAGGUUUCUGGACUGGGGGGGCCGCGGCCCCCACCUCCAGAGAAGGCUUCCUUCUCCGGGGCAGCGCGGGUCUUGGCCACGGAGAAGGCUCCCAGCUCUGGGGCACCCCAUCCCCUGCCUGCAGAGAAGGCUCCUGCCCUGGGGAUGCCACGGAUCCUGCCCACAGACAAGGCUCCCAGCUUAGGGCUGCCACGUCCGCUGCCCCUGGAGAAGGCCCACGGCUCCCGCUCACCCCACGUCCUGCCCACGGAGAAGGCUCUCAGCUCGGGGGCCCUGCGGAUCCCCCUCACGCAGAAGGCUCUGAGCCCCGGCGUGCUGCGGCCCCUGCCUCCGGAGAAGGCUCCCGAUGCCGGGGCGCUGCGGGUCUUGCCUCCAGAGAAGGCUCCGAGCUCCGGGACAGCUCGGCCUCAGCUCCUGGAGAGGCCCCUGGCUCUUACGGCCCCGUGGCCUCAGGCCUCAGACAAGCUGGCUGCUGCUGUGGCUCCUCGGCCCCAAGUCCUGGAGAAGCCCCCGGCCGCAUCAGCCCCGAGGCUGUUGCUGUCAGAGAAGGCGCUGCGGCCCGUCGACCAGAACGCCCAGCCCAAGGAGAGGGGAGCACCCGCCGCGGAGCUCAACCCCCAGCAGAAGGAGAGGACCCUGUUAGCUGGCGAGCAGAUCUCGUGGUCGGUUGGGAAGGCGGUGCCGCACGUCGGACAGUUACCUUGGCCCACGGAGAAGCUCCAGACACACGAGCAAACCCACUGGCCCACCGCGAAAGCCCUGACGCCCGCCGAGCAGUCUCCCCGGACAGCAGAGAAGCUACCAGAGCCGACUCUUCAGCCUGUCUGGGAGGUGGCCUCAGCCCCCGCGGAGCAAACCCCUUGGACAUCAGAGAGAUUGCGUGCGUUCGAGCAGACCCCUCGGCCUGCCAGGGAAGCGCCGGUGCCCCCGGAGCAGAGGCAGUGGAUUGUCACAAACAUUCAGACUCUUGACCAGAUUUCUUGGCUGGCUGGAAAAGUACAUACUCCUCGGGGGCAGGACCCUUUGCCUGAACAGAACGCAGCGCUAGCCCGUAACCAGGAUUCUGUCUGUCACGAAUUGGCUGACUCAGAGCCAAAGUGAGGUCGGUGAACAUGGGAGGCAGGUUUCAGUCUUUUAAUGUUUAGGGAGGGGGAUUCUUUGUUUUGUUUUCUUUAUUCACUUCCCUGAGCCCAGCCCCUAACCCAUGCACAUCCCAUCCAUAUUCUCUCGUGACAUGAGCAAGGACAUUCACUUCAGUCUGAGUGUGGCCCAGCCAAAGGGAGAGAGCAUCCGUGAGCUUUUCCUCUUCCUUUUGCGAAUGGUAAAGCUAAAAUAAAGAGUCCACUCUGGGUAAAACCUCAAAUUCCACUGAAAUGGUCACGUUACUGAUCCAGUGUGUUCAAGCUCCAGGUCCAAUUCAUGGGCAGGUUCCCGCCUACAGCGAGGGGCCUUGCUCUUGCUAACUGUAUUUAGAGGAAGCAGAUCCGUCAGGCUGCCCCGGGACCGGAGAGGUUUCGGGGAUCGGAUGGGGAGCAGUCAGGCGCGUACUCUCUUGCCGACCUGUGAAGGCAGGGAAGGGGUUUAUCUGUUGUCUGCCCUGCAGGGUUUUGCUUUGCGAGGUUCUGUCCGUAUGUUCACCGGGACGUGCUGCGUGCGCGGCGCACCAAGGACAGGCGUUGGGUCCGGCUGAGUUAGGAGAGGAGCCUCUUGCACCCGCUCGGCGCGGUUUUCUCCAGCAAUAGGCAGUAUCCGCGGAGGCUCCUUGAUACCCAGGCCCCAGAAACGGGGAAUCUGAAGGAGGUCAGGGAAGAAGAAAGAUCUUGGAAGAGAAGCCAUCUGGCAGGUUUUUCCUUCUUGUGUCUUAACCCUUUAGCACGGGACACGCGGAGUGAGUGCUUCCUGCACUCGCCAACACCCAGACCUGUAAAGCAGCAAUAGCAGAGGCAGGCAGAGGGACUUCCCCCGGUGCUGCGUGUUGGUGUCGGUGCUCCCUUUCACAUUUCCAUCCAGCCUCUUGGCGAUUCGUGUCGGCACCGUGAGCCAGCAGCCUGCGUGGUCUUUUCUCCCCUUCCCUCGGACGUGUUCGCAUCCCACCAGGUCUUCCCGGCAGCGUGGGGCGUUGCAGGGCUGCGGUCGAAGCCCGUCGUUCACUUUGCAGCGCGGAGGCAAGGGUGCUGUGCGUGGAGGGGAGCCGUUCUGCACCUUCCCCUCGGGUAGCUUCCAGCUUCGCUCAUCUACAACCAAAGGAGACUUGAAUUAACUGGACUGCGUGGGUGUGCGUGUGUGUGUGUGCGCGUGUGUGUCCUUCCGACCCAAUCGUAGUUCUCACACUGGACCGCGGGGGCUCGAGCAGCUGGCCGGCUUCUUUCCUCAUCGCCCUCUUCCAGCUGAGGAGCCCUUUUGUACCCGGUGGGUGUCCAGACCAGGCCUGCUGAGAGCAGCUCACCCCAGCGUUGAGGCAGAAGUGUGGGGCGAGUCCCAGAGGACCGGAGCGGCGUCUCGCAGUGGGUGCCGUGGGCCAGCACUACCUGUGCAGGCAGGAGGAGGACGAGUGGCUCCGGGCACGGUGGGGUCGGCACCGUGCUGAGGAAGCGCUGCUGACCCAGAUGUUCUCCCAGCACCUGACCUCUGUUUUUCCUGAGCUCUGCUGACCCGGGUACCGCAGCCUCCGAUCUCGGUGCCCGCCACCAGGCUCCGGAGAACCCCCUCGCUUGGGGCAGAGGUGCAGGACCCUCCCCGGACAGAGCUUGGCUCCGGGCUGACCCUUUCCCUCUGACCCGGGAGCAAAUCCCCGGGCUUGCAGGUGCUUGCUUGCUGCUCCUGGAGCAGGCGGUCACGAGCUUUGCUGUUUUUCCGUGAAGGGAGGCAGGCGCACGUACCAAGACAAAUCCUGAUCCGUUCUCCUUUCCUUACGCGUGCACCCCGGGACAACGUCCUGCUGUACAGGGUGUGCUGGGCACAGCGGACGUUACCAGUGCUGUGGUGCAUCUCUUCUAGUCCGCAUCAUUUCAGAUCCUUUGUAGAAUAGCUAGCGACUUCAAAAAGCUUUACGGCUUAUGGAAACUUACUGAUGAAUGACGUUUUUCCGGGAAGACUGGCAGGUCAGAUCCUGCUCGCUGCUGAAACGGGGGAAAUGCAAGCAGCUUGUGUUGCUGCGUGACUCCUGCGCAAAGGGAACCAGGACAGCUCCUCAGAGCCAUUGAGAGAAGGUAAUCUAAGGGCAUUUAACUUUUUUAAACGAA